CUGCAUAGUCUUCUCUAUCAUAAUAAUAAUCAUGGGUGUUACUAGUAUAAAUAUUGAUCAAACCAAAGCAAGAAACUCCAUCAAGAUACUCUAUAAUCAUAUCAAAAAGAAUCCUUCCAAUGAAGACCAAGUAGUUUGGUUGAUUAUUACUACAAUGAAUACCAUCCUUACGUCAAGAGAAAAAGUUGCUAUGAUUCCUUUGAAACACUCGUUACAAAAAGCAGGCACUCGACGUUGUCUUUUCUCAAGAGAUCCUCAACAAAAAUAUAAAGAUCUACUGAUAUCUCAAAAGGUCAAAGGUAUACACAAAGUCAUUAGUAUCUCCAAAUUCAAAAAACAACACGGUUCCAAAGAAGGACGACAACAAUUGCUGGAUCAAUACGAUAUCUUUUUAGUGACCGAUAAAGGACUUUGGGAUCGAUUGCCUCGUGUUUUAGGCAAGCAAUUAUUCAAACAAAUUACGCCAUUGUUACUUAAUAUGGAAGGAACUGAUAUUCAAAAAGAAGUGAUUCGAUCUAUUCAUUCAACCUAUAUGAAUUUCCGAAAAGGGGAUUGCCAUUCAAUAAAGAUUGCAUUAACAAGCCAUACUAGUCAACAAGCUUAUGAAAACAUCAUGAACGCUAUAGACAGCAUAGUAGCCGCAUUACCUGGUGGAGUUGAAAACCUUCGAUCUCUUUUUAUCAAGACUGCCGAUUCUACUAGUUUACCCAUUUAUGAAUAUGUAGAAGAAUAGUUUAGAUUAUAUAACAAUAAUAAUAAAAGAAAAUACCAACUUGUAUAUAAAAUUUUUUGAAAUGAUUAUCUUGCUUAGUUCAUUGGGAAACUAUGGAGGGACAAACCUUGUUUUCAAACUC